CAUUCAAAAAUGUCGAAUUUGUCGAAUUCUCGAAUUGAUUCGAAUGGUUUAUUCUUUUGAUUUUGUGUUAUUUUAAAAUGAUGAAUAAUAUACAGAAAUCAUCCGAAUAAUCUGAAUUAAAAUCGGCAUUCGCAUCAUUCGUACAAUAAGUGAAAAUUGAAAUAAUUAUUCGUCGUUGAGCUGUCGAGCAUAAUGAUAAGAAGGAUGAACAAAAAACCAGAGCCAGACCAAUGAAUGGACUUCAUAUCUUCAUCUCACACUCGUGUAUAGAAUUAUAGAUAAGUGAUGGCAUAAAUUUCUCAAAGUUUUCUUUCAUAUAUAUAUGUAAUAUAAAAAUUUCGUUUUCGAUUUCAAAGAAAGUUGCAAAAGCGCAGUAAAAGUUUCAGUGAAUAACGUAACGAUAGAACUUAACAGUGAUAGUAGUAGGUUGAUAUGUUACAAGCUGAACCCCUGAACUAAGUGCUGUGUUAUCGAUUUUCCGUCUGUAUCGAAUUUUGACAUAGUAAUUUUUGAGUAAUUUGGGUAACAAAAGUUGAUUUUCGUAGUCGAAAUGGCCAACUCCUUGAAAUAGGAACUUGAUCGGCGCAUUGUUGGUCCGUAUCACUUUCGGUAGUGAAAUUUUCAAAACGAGCCAGAGAAAUUUCCUCGCGAAUAACGACAUAUUUUUGUACGCUUAAUGUGCAUUGCGAUCGUUUCCGCGUAAUAGUUUAUUGAACCUGAAGUUACUCGAGAUUCGCGAUGGCUCUAUCCGCAGAUCUAAUCAUACCUACUGCCAAAGUAUCGGAGAACUUCAGCGAAUUUCUUAAUGAAAAAGAAGCAUUGGCAGAUUCUUUGAGGAAACGUGGAAAUGAAGAAUAUAAGGCGAAAGAAUAUACCAAAGCACUCAAGUUUUAUAGCGAUGCUAUAGAUAUACUACCAGAAAAUGCAUCCUAUUAUGGAAAUCGUGCGGCUUGUUACAUGAUGCUUGGUCAGUACUAUAAAGCGCUGGAAGAUGCUCGAAAAUCGAUUAAUCUUGACACUCAAUUUGUGAAAGGUUACCUGAGAAUAAUUAGAUGUUGUAUAACGAUGGGAGAAACUGUCGAAGCUGAAAAAAAUCUCAAAAUCGUUUCAAAAUUAGAUCCAACAAAUCCUAAUAUUCCUACGGAACAGUCCAAUUUACAACAAUUAAAAACUAUAUUUUCCAGCGCCGAAUCUUCUUAUAAAAAUAAAGAUUAUCGUCAGGCAAUUUAUUAUCUCGAUAGAGCGUUGGAUGUAGCAAAAUCUUGCAUUUCGUUCAAAAUCAUGAAAGCGGAAUGUUUGGCUUUUCUUAAACGUUUUCAAGAAGCGCAAGAAAUUGUCAAUAGUAUUCUAAACAGCAUUGACAAGCAAAACGUAGACGCAAUUUACGUUCGAGGAAUGUGCAUGUAUUACAUGGAUAACAUCGAUCGCGCUUUCACUCAUUUUCAACACGUUUUGAAACUGGCUCCCGAUCAUUCCAAAACCGUUGAUAUUUAUAAGAGAGCGAAGCUAUUGAAACAAAAGAAAGAAAAAGGAAACGAAGCUUUCAAAGCUAGCAAAUUAAAAGAAGCUUACAAUUACUACACCGACGCUCUUAGUAUUGAUCCGAUGAACGAUUCGUACAAUUCCAAACUAUAUUUCAAUAGAGCAACAGUUGCUUUCAAGCUUGGUCGUUUAAGCGAAUCCGUAGAAGAUUGUUCAUCAGCACUUAGCCUAGAUGAUAAAUAUAUUAAACCGUUGUUACGGCGCGCGAAAUGUUAUUUAGACCUGCAACAAUUCGAUGAAGCUGUCCGCGAUUAUGAAAAAGCCUUUAAAUUGGAAAGAACAGACGAAGUUAGAUUAUUGCUGAACGAAGCGAAAUUGCAACAAAAAAAAUCGAAAAGAAAAGAUUAUUAUAAAAUACUUGGAAUACAAGCGGAUGCGUCGACAGAUGAAAUUAAGAAAGCGUAUCGUAAACGUGCACUCGUGCAUCAUCCAGAUCGUCAUGCGAAUGCAACGGAAGGCGAAAAGAAAGAGCAAGAAAAAAAAUUCAAAGAAUUAGGCGAAGCUUACGGCGUUUUAUCAGAUCCGAAUAAGAGAAGCAGGUACGAUAAUGGACAGGAUCUCGAAGAUUCGUACGGCAGUGAUAUCGACGCUAGUAAUGUGUUUAGAGCGUUCUUCGAAAAUUCUUCCAAUUUCCGCUUCGAACCGUGUAAUCGUAAUAAUUACAGUACUUUUUCGUUCAAAUUUGCUUGAAUAAGUGGCAAAAAUAAUUUGUUCGUCAAUCAUACAUUUGGGUGUUUUUAUUCUCAAUUUUUCCGAUUCGAGCACAGUUUCUUCUCAAAUCCAAUGCUUAUUUUACAUACUGUAGUGGGGAAAUUAUUGACGGAGGGCGCGAGACCCCGUUCAAUUAAUCAAGUGUGUACUAUUUGUGUUUUGUCAAGCUGUACUAUGUUCAUAAUUGACAUUUUUAGUUUCAUUAUUUAUAAGAUUGUAUUUUCGUAUUCUGUCAUCGCGUAAAAUAUAAUUUUUUUAUUCA